AAAAAAAGAAACGACCUUUGCCUCGACCUCCUUUCCGACCAUGUUCAUCCGUCUCUCCCCUCUUGAAAAAUCGAAUCUCCUCCUCUUCUUUCCUGCCGUCUCUUUCCCUCCUCGGGCCCGACCGAACAUCGAGGAUUCUCGCCGCCCCCUUCGCCUUCCCCAAUCGAAAUCCCGCCGCCGCUGCAACCCGCGUCCCCGGGAUCGUCGCCUUCCGAAUCGCCUCCGAUUCGUCCGGGAACCGCCGCUCGCCGGCGCCGCAAAAGUCCAACCUUUACGCGUUUUUCUCCUCCAGCAGCUCGGUUUGAUUCGCCCGGGACAUGAAUCAGAAGAACAGGAAGAAGAAGAAGAGGAAGCCGAGGCACGGGCCGGAUGCCCCGAGCGGGGGGCCGGCCCCCGCCGACGCCGCGGCGCCACGGCCGCCCUCCGCGGAGGAGGAGGGCGACGAGGCCCGGAGGGUCGUCGUCGGCGCCUUAAUCGUGGCUUUCGGUUCGAUUUCGGUCGAAGAAGCGGCUGCCGCUUUUCGGGAGGCGGGAGGCAACCCUAAUCGAGCCGCCGAGAUCCUCGGGGCUGGCUCCUCGGACAAUGCGGAGGAGCCGUCCACGAGCUCGAAUUCGAGCGGGGUGUGGGGCUCGGAUUCGGGGUUCGCUUCGAGCUCCGUCUCCGGUUCGAGCGAGGGAUACGUGGAGGCUAAUUUUAUGCGGGAUGCGCUGAGAGAGAAGCGAGUCAGGGGUAAUAAGGGGAAGAAAUUGGUGGCCGCGACGGGGACGGUGUCUACGGUCCUGGGGAAGGAUUAUAUGAAGGUGAGUACGGCGAGAGAUUCCACCAGGUCGAAUAGAUUUUUGGAUGGGGCGAUUGCUCAUGGUAAAGGAGAGGAGACGGAGCAAUUUCUUUGCGCGAUGCUUGGGGAAGACAGCGAGCUGAGCUUGGCUGUUGUUAGAGAUGUCCUCUGUCAGUGUGGAUACAAUGUUGGGAAGGCUUUGGAUGUAUUACUCGAUCUAUCCGCUUCCUCAUGUGAGCAGUCAAGGAACUGUACAAACUCGAAUACUGAUGUAGAAAGUAGAGAAGAUACAGGAUCUUCUUUAGAAUGCAGUGAAAAUUUUGCAGAUAGGUUAUCUGAUUGCACUUCCCAAUCAUAUGAAAGUGAACCUCAUGAUAAUCCGUGGUUCAUAAGCAGUGAGUGCAGGCAUCUGCUAUGGCUCAAAGCGGAUAUUUUGCAGGGGAAUUAUUUUGAUGUUCCUUCUAGUAGAUCUAUCGAAUCUAAUGUUUCUCAAGAAGUGCUGGAAUGCCUUUACAAGAUAUCAAAAAGCCCCCAACAUGAACCGAGAACUAUGAACUGGAGGCAUGUGGCAAAGAAGAUGAACACCUUUGGAAAUGAGCUUGAACCUCAUAAGGAAACUAUUGCUAGAGGGGAUGAAUACACUGUUCUCAGGAAAGAAGCUGAGCAACACUGGGAGUCGAUGAAAUCCUCUUAUCAAAAGGCUGGAGUUGCUCAUUCUAAAGGGCAAAAGGGGUAUGCUGCCGUCCUUUCUGAGGAGGGGAGGAAGUACUCUAAAAUGGGUCGACAGGCAGAAGAGAGGGCAAGUCAAGAGAUAUUCAGAGCUAGAAACAAGAACAUAGAGAAUGCGAUAACAAUUGAUUUGCAUGGGCAGCAUGUCAAACAAGCAAUGAGACUCUUGAAAUUUCACCUGCUAUUGCCCUCUAUACAGAAACUCAAGGUAAUAACAGGCUGUGGGUCACAUGGUGUGGGCAAGUCAAAGCUGAAACAGUCGGUUGUUAGACUCAUAGAAAGGGAAGGUAUUGAGUGGAGCGAGGAGAACCAAGGAAUGGUGGUCAUCAAACUUGAUCAACGCAGAAAUUUCAGCUUUGUAGAUGCUGACAGUGACAGCGAUUAAGCAAAUUUCCAGGCAAAACUGAUCACAGAACAGAAAGCAGGCUUUGCACUUCGUAACUCAUCCAGGAGAAUCUGACUCAGCUGUAUAAAACACAGUAGAAUUUACCUUUCUAACCAUUGAUGAUUGAUGUAUAAGUCGGUCAGUGGUUGUGUAGCUCGUAAGGUAUGUAGCAGGUCCUUUUGUUGAAGCAGAAAUCCUCUUGUAUCACUAUGCCGUUUAGAGUAGAGAGAUGGAAAAUAGCAGCUUUACUCAUAAUAAGGUGAAGACUUCUACUCAUCUUCUAAUCUAUUCAAUGUGUAUAACUAAUGUAACCAGAUUUGGUUUGAGAUUUGUGAUAUGGUAAUGGUAUGGCUGAUGGGAUCGGACCAAGUCCACCUAUCUUGGGAUAUUGGCAAGACAAAACUGUUCUCCUCUUCUGAUUACAAAGUUCAGUGAAGUGAUAGUAAUGGUGA